GGAAGUAUGGCUGCAGUCAAAUAGCUUGUUUUGAAGCAGUUCUUUGAAGAGGCAUCAGUCAUCGUGAUUGCUUCUUCUUGACGAACUCAGCAUCACAAAAUACCGGCUGAUUCAUAUUUUUUGUGAAGAAAAGGCUUACGUUGCACCGUUUUCAGAGCAUGUCAUUUGAGAUAGCUUACAGCCAAAUCUAAUCUUUACAGGGGAACGUUAACGUUAGGCUUCAGCGUUCAUCACUCAAACGCGAGAACCACUUGGGAAUAUAUUUUAACUUACCUCAGUGAAGGGGGGAUAUUAGGUGUUAUAUAUAUUAGCAUUCCUCCUUGUUGGAUCCGGCGACUUUAAAACACGUUCUUUGGUCGCAUUUUCCAUUACUACACGUACUUGGAGGUAGUCUACCGGUAGUUAGCUUGCUAAUUUAGCUUGUGGUUGUUGGUAGCCUGGGGUAUUAACAUUUCUAGUUAUUAUUAACGUUACUUUGAUAAGAUAUUUGCUAAAUUUAGCUGGCUCAUAAUUUGUCAACUGGCUUGCUCGCUACCUGCGAAUCGUCGUAAUGUAACAUAGCAGAACCUAACUGCUCGAGGCUCUUAAUUCACAUAUUGUAUGAACUUGCAAAUGUGACCGGUGGUUUGCUCACGUUAUUAUAUAGAAGUAGUGCUAUAUUCUAAGGGUAUUUGGCAGCAUUUUAAUGUGCUAACCGAGUCUGGCUUUUAAUUUAUCGUUUUUAUCUAGCGUAGGGUAAUUCUGGUGAGAUCACCGUCUACUCAAAGCACUUUGUUAACUGCAUCGCUCGACAUUUAGCCUUUUUGUGAAAAUGAACACAGAGAAGGACUUCUCCCCUUUGACACCCAACAUCGUGAGAGCUCUCAACGACAAACUUUACGAAAAGAGAAAAGUUGCCGCUUUAGAGAUUGAGAAGCUUGUGCGGGAGUUUGUUGCCCAGAAUAAUUCCACCCAGAUACGACAUAUCAUCCAGAUCCUGGCCUCUGAGUUUGCCCUGUCGCAGCACCCCCACAGCCGCAAGGGGGGGCUCAUCGCCCUGGCUGCCUGCUCCAUCGCCCUGGGGAAGGACUCGGGGCUGUACCUGAAGGAGCUGAUCGAGCCAGUCCUCACCUGCUUCAACGACUCGGACAGCCGCCUGCGUUACUACGCCUGCGAGGCGCUGUACAACAUCGUGAAGGUGGCUCGGGGCGCGGUGCUCCCCCACUUCAAUGUCCUCUUCGAUGGGCUGAGCAAGCUGGCUGCAGACCCAGACCCCAAUGUGAAGAGUGGGUCCGAACUGCUGGAUCGACUUCUGAAGGACAUUGUGACAGAGAGCAACAAGUUUGACCUGGUGGCCUUUGUCCCCUUGCUGCGUGAGAGGAUCUACUCCAAUAACCAGUACGCUCGCCAGUUCAUCAUAUCCUGGAUCCUGGUGCUGGAGUCGGUCCCUGAUAUCAACCUCCUGGACUACCUGCCAGAAAUCCUUGACGGACUCUUUCAGAUUUUGGGGGACAGCAGCAAGGAGAUCCGCAGAACGUGUGAGGUUGUUCUAGGCGAAUUCCUCAAGGAGAUUAAGAAGACUCCAUCCAGUGUCAAGUUUGCGGAGAUGGCCAAUAUCCUGGUCAUCCAUUGCCAGGUGUCUGAUGAAUCCAAAACGACGAAUGACCUGAUCCAGCUGACGUCCAUGACGUGGAUGAGGGAGUUUAUCCAGCUGGCUGGCCGUGUGGUGCUGCCCUACUCCUCUGGCAUCCUGACUGCUGUCCUGCCCUGCCUGUCCUAUGAUGACCGCAAAAAGAACACCAAAGAGGCGGCCAAUGCCUGCAACCACAGCCUGAUGAAGCUGGUGACCCCCGAGGAUGAUGAGGAUGAGGAGGAGGCAGGACAGGUCAACGAGACCCCCACCCGAGAGGACAGCCCCCCGAAGACGUUGGAGGAGCUCAACAAUUCUCUGAAUGCGUCACAGGACUCUGUUGGGUUCAGCAACAUCAGCUUCUUCACCCCCACCAGUGCUGACCGGGCCCAGGUGACCCUUGACCUGGAAGGGAUUGUUCAGGUGCUGGACCGACACCUGCACGACUCCAACACCGGCAUGAUGACCCGUAUAGCUGUGCUCAAGUGGCUGUACCACCUCUACAUCAAGACACCGCGCAAGAUGUUCCGCCACACGGACAGCCUGUUCCCCAUGCUGCUCAAAACGCUGUCGGACGAUUCGGACGAGGUCAUCCUGAAGGACCUGGAGGUGCUGGCGGAGAUCGCCUCCUCCCCGGCCGGACAGACGGACGGCGCCGGGUCAUGUGACGGCAGCGACGGCAAAUCGGGGCUCCAGGUUCCGGCGCCGGCCCAGGCGGGGCAGCCGGCCGCGGGUUCAAAGGCAGCUGACUCCUCCCCCUCCACCCCAAGCAUGAAUUCCUACUUCUACAAGUUCAUGAUCAACCUGCUCAAGCGUUUCAGCCUGGAGGGGAAGCUCCUGGAGAACAGGGGUGCCUUCAUCAUCAGGCAGCUCUGCCUGCUCCUGCAUGCUGAGAACAUCUUCCACUCCAUGGCCGACAUCCUGCUGAAGGAGGAGGACCUGAAGUUUGCCUCCACCAUGGUACAGACGCUCAACACCAUCCUGCUCACGUCUGCCGAGCUCUUCCAGCUACGCAACCAGCUCAAGGACCUGCGCACACAGGAGAGCUGUGCUCUGUUCUGCUGUCUGUACCGCUCCUGGUGUCAUAACCCGGUGGCCACCGUGUCCCUCUGCUUCCUAACCCAGAACUACAGGCAUGCCUACGACCUCAUACAGAAAUUCGGCGACCUGGAAGUGACGGUGGACUUCCUGAUGGAGGUAGACAAGCUGGUGCAACUCAUCGAGAGCCCCAUCUUCACAUACCUGAGGCUGCAGCUCCUGGAUGUGGAGAAUAACCCGUACCUGAUCAAGGCUCUGUACGGGCUUCUCAUGCUCCUGCCCCAGAGCCAGGCUUUCCAGCUGCUGUCCCACCGGCUGCGCUGCGUGCCCAACCCCGAGCUGAUGAGGACUCUGCCGGACUCCAAGCCGACGGAGUCUCGGCGCGCCACCCCGUCCCACGUGAACUACCGGGAGCUGCUGCAGCACUUCGACCGCGUGCAGAGCAAGCACCUGGAGGUGCUGCACCAGCGGUCUGGCCGCACUGACCACCCCGACAGGAAGCUGCUCCUGUGAGGGGCGGAAGUGGAGCAUGAAGCCUGCCCCUCAGAGCCAGGGCACCACGCCGAGCCCUGAUACACUCACACUCACCCACAUACGAGGAGACACAACAUACAUGGACAUACAGAGACACAUGCACAUCAUACACACAUGUAUACGAACACACACGCUCAUAAAGUCAUAUAUACACACACACACACACACACACACACACACACACAUACAGACAUGCUCACACUCUUAGAGUCUCACAUACACACUCAUGGUCAUACACACACGCAUUACGCUUAUACACACACAUGCAUGCUCAUAUGCACGCAUGAACACAUACUUACAAUUAUGAACACACACACACACACACACACACACACACACACACCUGGCCUCUGGAGAUGGGACUAACUCGACUGAGAGGAAAACCUCUCCAAAGGAACUGCAGCUGCACCCCUCCCCUCCCUGACCCAGUUUUAAAGUGACCGUAGCGUUAGGCAUGAAAGAUGCGAUGCGCUCCUUAUUUUUUAAAAGUGCUUUUCAUUUAGAUGUUAAAAAGAGGUAGUGCCUAAUUUGUAUGCGCACGUGUGUGUAUUGUUGUAUACAUAUAGUCAAUGUAGGCACACACUCCUCACGUGCACAUACACACACUCACCACGCUACAUGGUGAAAAGUCCAACUGCUCGUGUAAUUAUGUCUUGGCUGAGAUCAGCUCUGUUGGUUUACAUACAUCCCCAAUCAUAAUGGACAGUUAAAACCCCUCCUCCCGACUGCAAGGCUGCUUGUACCUCUUGUAUUACUCAGAGAUAGGUAAAUUGUGUUUGAACAGGCUGGUCUUCUGCCCCGAUCUGAACCCCCUCCUGUGUGCUGAUGGUCACAGUUGCUGUGGGCUUGUCCUGAGUUUGGGAGGUCCGUCUGGGCCUAUCGCCUGUGACCAUCGGACAUGGGCGGCCUGUCUUUUUUUCCUUGUACUGAAGUUUGUACCUUGAGCUUAAACACUGCUGGAACAGUUUCUGCAUCCCUCUCUUCCUCUCUCCCUCAUUCUCUCCUUUUAUCUUCUCUUCUUUCUUUUUUUCUCCCCCUCUCUUCCUCCACUAUCCUUCCCUCAUUGUGGGUACUUCAUCAUCAAGUGUUCCCCAUCCUCCUUUUGUCUUGCUCUCAUUCCUUUUCUCUUUUAAGUCUUCCUCUUCUCUUGGUCCCUUCCUCUCUUCAGCUGUUAUUUCCCUCUCUUUCUGUCACCCACCUUUUUACCUCAUUCUACCUGAUACACCUCUAUCUCUCCUUUCCUCCUCUCCCUCUAUCCCUUCAUCCUGCUGUUUGUCGAGGAGCUGUGGACCUGCUGUGUAAAGACCUCACUGUAUUCAAAUAAACAUGGACCAUGUGUUGGAACUUUAA